GCACUCAUUCCGACGCCUGUCCGCGCGCCACGAGCGCUACAUGCUCACCAAGACACCAACCGUGGCCAGCCCCCCGGCAUAAAAGAAGAGGUGCCACCAAACCCCCACACCAACCCUGCCACCCGCGCCCGCGCGAACGAGAGGCGAGGACAGGCGAUCACGAUUCACGACCCGGUGAUGGAGGCGGAGGCCUUCCCGAUACGGUUCACGAGGGGCGUGCGCGCCUACUGGCGCCGGCGCAAGUACCACCGGCUCGAGGCCGCGGGCGGCGGCAAGCCCCGGGGCGCCACGCAGCACCUGGGCACCGCGCGGCGCGGCGGGUGGGGGCGGCUCCGCGUGCGCGUCCGCGCGAUCAUGGCCGGGCCCCGGCGCGCGCUGGCGCGGGCGCGGGACUCGUACGUGGGCGGCAUGCUCGUGGUGGCCAAGAAGGCGUCGGCCAUCGCGCUGCCCGGCGGGCCGGAGAGCAUGUGGGCCAAGCGGGUGCCGCGGCGGAAGCAGCUGCCAGCUGCGCGGCCGGGCCAGCCCACGAAGUUCGAGCAGAAGCUCAUCUUCGAGAUCUACAAGUCCAUCGUCGCGUCCAAGGAGCUCACAACCAUGCUUCACUGCUCCACGGCGCACCUGCAGACGUCGCCUACGCGUGGCAAGGGGCCAGUGCAUCUCCUCGACAUGUGAGCUGGGAAAUGGAUGUGCUUCUGACCCAAAGCGAGCACUCCAAGUUCUUUUGCUUGAUUGAUUUUAGCGCUUUUAUCGUGUACAACUAUAGUGUUCUUCGCUUUGUGAGAAUGAAAAAUUCCGAGCAGUUCUAUGCUUCUAGCUAUUGGGAGCAAGCCGCCCUGCUGCAAAGAGGCAGCGUGUAAUGUAACUGAGAAAAUUUGGCAAAGCAAAUUCGUGACCUUGUCAUCUCC